AUGACGCUGGGUGGUUUGGUUAGGCCACUGCCGUGGAUUGGAGGAAUAUGCGCGCGGAUUCUGCCGUUGGAUAGGAUCGGGAUAGGUGGGGUGGGGUGGGGGCUGCAUGCGCCGGACGGACCCGGCCGACGGCGUCGGGUGCAUAGAUUAAUCGUGUGGAGAGUUCUGAGGCGUGUGGUUUCUGGUCUUCUCUCCACCAGCCUACGAGCAUCCAAGAAGCGGAAGCGGGAGAAGGCGCGGCGCGGGAGCAUGAAGCGGGUGCGCUUCGCCGCCGACGUCGUUGACCACGGCCCAGCUCGCCCGGCGCCGGAGGUGGAGGAGGCGGUGGCGUCGGGGCCGGGGCCGUCCUGCAGGGGCGCCGCGAUGCCGGCGAACCGGGAGGCGCUGUACCGCGGCAUGCUCCGCGGCCGCUCCAUGCUCAGGACCGCCUGCUCCUACUAA